GUUAAUAUGUUGACAAUGAUGUAGGCUGUGUAGCGGUUAUGAUAUGAAGGUUAGGCUUGGAGAGUUUUUUGCGCCUGGUCACAAACCGCUUGUGUUGUGCACUGAAGUCCACAAGCGAAGGGAAAAGCUAAAAGGCGGAGAGUGCCUUGAUGCAAGAAGGAAUUUAUACAACAAGCAAAGUGAUGAUGCUGUAUAUGGCUGCUAUGAAAGUGAACUGUGUGUGCGGGGAUCAGGGGUGUAUUCAUUCCGCUGAUUCUAUUGCCAAACUUUUCUUAAAUGGAAGCAAACGGAAUGAAAUUAUUGCAGUCCAGAUAAGCUAGAUGCAGGAGAUUGAGGCAGUGGGGACAGAACUGGGCAUUACUCCUGUCAUAAUUCCUGGAGAGGAAAUGAAACAGAAAGGAUUUGGAGGAAGAACGCCACAAGCUCCUGUGCCGGCCUCUAUCGGCUCUCACCUGGGUUUUGACUGGCCUGGGGUCUGGGUCCAUGUGGACAUAGCCUCCCCUGUCCAUGCUGGGGAGCGCAAUACCGACUUUGGCGUGGCUCUGCUCAUGGCUCUGUUCGGCCAGGCCUCAGACGACCCCAUGCUCAACCUUGUGUCUCCUCUGGGGGCCGCUACCAUGAAUGCCGCAUCCAGGGACCCGAUGGAGCUCGACUGCAAGUGGAGGAGACUGGUGUAAAACCUCCAAGCAGACACCUCUGGACCCACCCACCUCCACUCUUUACACUGACAUACACUGAACACCUAGAAAGCAUUUCCAAUCCUUAAUUUUUAUUUUACUCAUUCACAAUGGAGUGACAUUUUUUGGGAAAAAGAGCAGGUGGCUAGAAUUUCUCUCAAAUUUGUUCAUGUUGCAUUUAAUUUUGUCAAUUCUCAAAAAUUAACCAUAGCUAUAAUAACAUCAAAAUACAGCCUUAAAUGGUUAAGUAACUGAAUAAGGUAUUUGAUCCUGUGUGGUAAGUGAUGGUUUAUUUUUCUGUUUCAAUGUCCUUGAGCAAAUUAGCUUGUUUAGGUAUCAGGCAAACACAUACUUUGGUUUUUAGCCAUAGCCUAGCCACUGAUGGCCAACUUCUCAUUCUGGACAUUGGGAAUAACCCAUGUGAAUAGUAAAGCUGAAUAUUUGGAAUAGGAUAUAUAUAUAUUUGUUUUCACCUUUAUUUAACCAGGUAGGCCAGUUGAGAACAAGUUCUCAUUUACAACUGCGACCUGGCCAAGAUAAAGCAAAGCAGAGUGACAAAAACAACUGCAGAGUUGCACAUUAACAAACGUACAGUCAAUAGCACAAUAGGGAAAAAAAAUGAAAAAUCUAUACACUGUGUGCAAAUGUAGAAGAGUAGGGAGGGAGGCAAUAAAUAGGCCAUAGAGGUGAAAUAAUUAAAAUUUUAUCAUUAAUGAUGUGCAAGUAGAGAUUCUGAGGUGCAAGAGGGUAAGUAAUAAUAUGGGGAUGAGGUAGUUGGGAGUGCUAUAUACAGAUAGGCUGUGUACAGGUACAGUGAUCUGACAGCUGAUGCUUAAAGUUAUAGAGGGAGAUAUAAGACUCCAGCUUCAGUGAUUUCUGCAAUUCGUUCCAGUCAUUGGCAGCAGAGAACUGGAAGGAAAAGUGGCCAAAGGAAGUGUUGGCUUUGGGGAUGACCAGUGAAAUAUACCUGCUGGAGCGCUUGCUAUGGGUGGGUGUUGCUAUGGUGAUCAGUGAGCUGAGAUAAGGCUUGGCUUUACCUAGCAAAGACUUCUAGAUGACCUGGAGCCAGUGGGUUUGGUGACGAGUAUGCAGCGAGGGUCAGCUAACGAGAGCAUACAGGUCGCAAUGGGGGGUAGUAUAUGGGGCUUUGGUGACAAAACGGAUGGCACUGUAAUAGACUACAUCCAGUUUGUUGGUGGCUAUUUUGUAAAUGACAUCGCAGAAAUCGAGGAUCGGUAGGAUAGUCAGUUUUACGAGGGUAUGUUUGGCAGCAUGAGAGGCUUUGUUGCGAAAUAGGAAGCAGAUCCUAGAUUUAAUUUUUAGAUUGGAGAUGCUUAAUGUGAGUCUGGAAGGAGAGUACAGUCUAACCAGACACCUAGGUAUUUGUAGUUGUCCACAUAUUCUAGGUCAGAACCGUCCAGAGUAGUGAUGAUAGUUGGGUGGGAGGCUGCCGGCAGCAAUCGGUUGAAGAGCAUGCACUUAGUUUUACUAGCAUUUAAAAGCAGUUGGAGGCCAUGGAAGGAGUGUUGUAUGGCGUUGAAGCUCGUUUGGAGGUUUGUUAGCACAGUGUCGAAAGAAGAGCCAGAUGUAUACAGAAAUAUACAUAUAUAUAUACAUACAUAUGUAUACAGAAUGGUGUCGUCUGCGUAGAGGUGGAUCAGAGAAUCACCAGCAGCAAGAGCGACGUCAUUGAUAUACACAGAGAAAAGAGUCGGCCCCAGAAUUGAACCCUGUGGCACCCCCAUAGAGACUGCCAGAGGUCCAGACAACAGGCCCUCCGAUUUGACACAUUGAACUCUAUCUGAGAAGUCGUUGGUGAACCAGGUGAGGCAGUCAUUUGAGAAGCCAAGGCUAUUGAGUCUGCCAAUAAGAAUGAGGUGAUUGACAGAGUCGAAAGCUUUGGUCAGGUCGAUGAAUACAGCUGCGCAGUACUGUCUUUUAUCGAUGGCGGUUAUGAUAUCGUUUAGGACCUUGAGCAUGGCUGAGGUGCACCCAUGACCAGCUUGGAAUCCAGAUUGCAUAGUGGAGAAAGUACGUGGGAUUCGAAAUGGUCAGUGAUCUGUUUGUUAACUUGGCUUUCGAAGACCUUAGAAAGGCAGGGAAGGAUGGAUAUAGGUCUACAACAGUUUGGGUCUAGAGUGUCUCCCCCUUUGAAGAGGGGGAUGACCGCGGCAGCUUUCCAAUCUUUGGGGAUCUCAGACAAUAUGAAAGAGAGAUUGAAUAGGCUAGUAACAGAGGUUGCAACAAUUUCGGCUGAUAAUUUUAAAAAGAGAGGGUCCAGAUUGUCUAGCCCGGUUGAUUUUUAGGGAUCCAGAUUUUACAGCUCUUUCAGAACAUCAGCUGUCUGGAUUUGGGUGAAGGAGAAGCGGGGGGGCCUUGGGCAAUUUGCUGCAGGGGGUUGCUGAAAUGUUGGCAGGGGUAGGGGUAGCCAGGUGGAAAGCAUGGCCAGCCGAAGAAGAAUGCUUAUUGAAAUGAACGAUUACUGUAGAUUUAUCUGGUGAUAGUGUUUCCUAUCCUCAGUGCAGUGGGCAGCUGGGAGGAGGUGCUCUUAUUCUCCAUGGACUUUAGUGUCCCAAAACUUUUUAGAAUUAGUGUUACAGGAAGCAAAUUUCUGUUUGAUAAAGCCAGCCUUAGCUUUCCUAACUGACUGAGUAUAUUGGUUCCUCUUCCCUGGAAAGUGGCAUAUCGGGGGGGCUAUUCGAUGCUAAUGCAGAACGCCACAGGAUGUUUUUGUGCUGGUCAAGGGAAGUCAAGUCUGGGGUGAACCAAGGGCUAUAUCUGUUCUUAGUUCUACAUUUUUUUAAUGGGGCAUGCUUAUAUAAGAUGGUGAGGAAAGCACUUGUGAAGAGCAACCAGGCAUCCUCUACUGACGGGAUGAGGUCAAAAUCCUUCCACGAUACCCGGGCCAAGUCAAUUAGAAAGGCCUGCUCGCUGAAGUGUUUUAGGGAGCGUUUGACAGUGAUGAGGGAUGGUCGUUUGACCGCGGACCCAUUACGUACGCAGACAAUGAGGCAGUGAUCGCUGAGAUCCUGGUUGAAGACAGCAGAGGUGUAUUUAGAGGGCAAGUUGGUCAGGAUGAUAUCUAAGAGGGUGCCCAUGGUUAUGGAUUUAGGGUUGUACCUGGUAGGUUCCUUGAUAAUUUAUGUGAGAUUGAGGGCAUCUAGCUUAGAUUGUAGGACUGCCGGGGUGUUAAGCAUGUCCCAGUUUAGGUAACCUAACAGUACGAACUCUGAAGAUAGAUGGGGGGGCGAUCAAUUCACAUAUGUGGUCCAGGGCACAGCUGGGUGCUGAAGGGGGUCUAUAACUAUAUUAGUCCACAUGAUGUGGAAAUUUGUCUUCUGCUUUUCUUGGAAUUAAACAUUAAGCAAUCUUAUAUGCUGCAUGAAAUACAAAAGUUGACAACCUUGCCUGGUAAUGUGGAAUACUUUUAUAAGUAGCAAGCAAGCUGUGGUUGUGUUCCACUGCUCAGUUGUUGAAAGCAUCAACCAAUGGUUGCCUAGCACAUUGACUGUCAUCGACUUGACAGAUUGCUGUAUUGUGUUUAGCUGACAUGUAAAACCUAUCCAAGUGUUGUAAGAUCUGUCAGCAAUGCCUAGACAAAGGAACACACCAUAUAUAUUUAAAGUUCUUAAGUAGAAAUAUUUUAAAGUACUACUUAAGUUGUUUUGGGGGUAUCUGUGCUUUACUAUUUAUAUUUUUGACAACUUUUACUUCACUACAUUAAAUAUAUUAAUUCACUUUUUACUUCAUAAAUUUUCCCUGACACCCAAAAGUACUCAUUACAUUUUGAAUGCUUAGCAGGACAGGAAAUUGGUCCACUUCACACACUUAUCAAGAGAACAUCCCUGGUCUUCCCUAUUGCCUCUGAUCUGGCAGACUCACUAAACACACAUGCUUCGUUUGUAAAUUAUGUCUGAGUGUUGGAGUAUGCCCUGGCUAAAAAACAAGAGAAUGGUGCAGUCUGGUUUACUUUAUGUAAGGCAUUUGAAAUUAUUUAUACUUUUACUUUUUAUACUUAAGUAUAUUUAAAACCAAAUACUUAGACUUUUACUCUAGUAGUAUUUUACUGGGUUACUUUUACUUGAGUCAUUUUCUAUUAAAGUAUCAUGACUUUUACUGAA